CAACUUUACUUUUUGUUACUUUUUCACCUUUCAUCAUAUUUCAACAACGCUAUGCCUCGAGCAAGUAACAGCAACUUCCCUGCUCAAAGGCCCAGUAGUUCAGCACCCAGGGCACAGCCAGGAGACCCUAUUGCGCCGAAAAAGGCUAAUCGUUAUAAGCCAGGCGUGAAGGCGCUUAAGGAGAUUCGUCAAUAUCAGGCAAGCACGAGUCUUUUACUUCGAAAACUACCAUUUGCACGAGUGGUGCGAGAGAUUGCAAAUGAUAUUGUUUCAUUACACAGACCUGCGGGUACUGACCCUGUUGGGCUCAAAUGGAAAUCUGCAGCAAUAUUGGCAUUACAAGAAGCCACUGAAGCAUUUCUAGUCCAUCUAUUUGAGGAUGCUAACUUAUGUGCCAUACACGCAAAACGCGUCACCGUGAUGCAAAGGGAUAUACAAUUAGCAAGAAGAAUCCGAGGUACUAUCUAGUUAAUGAACUAGUCAAAACAGAAAAAAAAGAAAGAAAGAAAGAAAGAAAGAAAGAAAGAAAAGGGGAAGAUGCGAAGCCACAAUCUUUUUUACCCUAUGGCUCUAUUUAUCUUCAUCUGUCAAUGUCUCUUGUAGAUAUUAUCCCAACCCUGGAAUCAAUAUGGAUUGGACCAACAUUACCUUCUUUACUUAAUCAUAC